AUGGAGCCGCUCGCCGACGGUGAAUACGACGCCAUUGUCAUGGGCACUGGCCUGAAGGAAUGCGUCAUUUCCGGAUUGCUUUCCACGCAAGGCAAGCGCGUCUUGCAGCUCGAUCGCAACGGAUACUACGGAGCUGACGGCGCUUCGCUUAAUCUUUCCACCCUCUUUGGAAAGUUUCAAGCCGGGGAACCCCCCACCAAUCUAGGAGCCAACCGAGACUACAACAUUGAUCUCAUUCCAAAGUUCAUCAUGGCCACCGGAAACCUUACCAAGAUGUUGCUGCACACCAAGGUCACGCGUUACUUGGAAUUCAAAUCCAUUUCCGGAUCCUACGUCUACAAGGCAGGAAAAGUUCUCAAGGUACCCGCCACGCCACAGGAAGCGUUGUCUUCGCCUCUCAUGGGACUAUUCGAGAAACGCCGUUUUCGAAACUUUUUGAUUUUUAUUGAUCAGUACAAGCCGGAAUCUCCAGAAACUCAUCAAGGUCGUGAUCUUAACACCAUGACCAUGCGUCAGCUCUAUACCGAUUUUGGUCUCGUCCCGGAUACGCAUCAGUUCAUUUCCCAUGCCAUGUGUCUCGAACUCGAUGAAGACCAUAUGGAUCAGCCCGCCGCCAGCACCGUAGCAACCUUGCAAACGUACAUGUACUCGCUUUCGCGCUACGGUACCUCGCCCUACAUCUAUCCCGUCUACGGCCUCGGCGGAUUGCCCGAAGGUUUUUCGCGAAUCUGCGCCAUUCACGGCGGAACCUUCAUGUUGAAUCAGGACAUUGACGAGGUCUUGUUCAACGAAAGCGGACAAGCUUACGGUGUCAAGGCAGGUAAUCAGAUGGCCAAGGCCAAUAUGAUCAUUGGCGAUCCCUCCUACUUUCCGCCGGAAAAGAUAAAGCCGACGGGGGUCGUCGUCCGUUGCAUUUGUUUGCUCGAUCAUCCCAUCCCCAACACGAACAAUGCCGAAUCGGCGCAAAUCGUCAUUCCGGGACCCCAAGUCGGUCGCAAGAACGAUAUCUUUGUCUGUGCCAUGAGUCACGGCUUGGCCGUCGCGUCGCCAGGUAUUUAUGUCGCGAUCGUCUCCACGCUGAUUGAAAAAGGCAAUCCGGACGAAGACGUUGCCCCGGGUUUGCAAAUCCUCGGACCGAUCUUGCAACGUUUCAUGUCCGUCUCCAGCACCUACGAGCCCGUCUCGGACGGCAGCGACGACAAGUGCUUUAUCUCGGCUAGCUUUGACGCGACGUCCCAUUUUGAACACGACGUGGAUGAUAUGCUGCGUCUUUACGAACGCGUUUCUGGGACCAAACUAGACAUGUCCAUCAAUGCGGAUAGUGUAGAAGGAGACUAUUAG